AUGCGAUCUCAGCGGCGGAGACAAGCACUGCCGUCGCUGCUGGGAUGGACUCUGCGUGUGAGGUUAACGCAGGGGACAAGGCCGUCGACAGUGAGUCCAGCGACGCCCGGCACGACUUUGACCCGGGGAGGCGGCAGCGUGCGCAGCCGCAAGGCAGGUCCGGAAGAAGGGACGAGGUGGCGGGCAGGGAGCACCGCGGAAAGUCGAUGGAAGCGGCGGAGUCGGUUGCGCGGGCAAUGUACGUCGGCUGAGAGAGAACGGGGAAGGCGGUCGCCGUCUCUUGAUGAGAGGAAGUCUGGUAGUCUCUUUCACGACAGUGUGGACAGGCAGAGGGAGAAAGUGGAUGUAGAGAGCAAGAGAGAACGGGGAAAGCGGCCACGGUCUCUUGAUGAGAGGGCUUCAACUAAGUCCAAACCAGACACUACCCUACAAAAAUCACUGCCUGCUAGUUCAAAGCCAGAAACAGAGCAAGCCAAAACUUUAAACAAUUCUAAACCAGGGACUACCCCACAGAUAUCACAGACUGUGACUUCCAAACCAGAAAUAGAGCAAGCCAAAGUUCAAACCAAGUCUAAAUCAGAGAGUACCUCACAGAUAUCACUGCCUGCUAGUUCAAAACCAAGAACAGAGCAAGCCAAAGCUUCAACUAAGUCCAAACCAAACACUACCCCACAAAACUCACUGCCUGCUAGUUCAAAGCCACAAACAGAGCAACCCAAAGCUCCAACUAAUGCACAAUCAGAGAGCACCACACAGACAUCAUUACCUUCUAGUACAAAACCAGAAGCAAAGCAAGCCAAAGCUCAUAACAAGUCUAAGCCAGAGACUACCUUGCAGAUAUCACUGACUGCUACUUCCAAACCAAAAACAGAGCAAGCCAAAGCUCUAAAUAAGUCCAAACCAGAGGUUACCCCACAGAAACCACUGCCUACUAGUUCAAACCCAGAAACAAAGCAAGCCAAAGCUCCUAACAAGUCCAAACCAGAGUCUACCUCGCAUAUAUCACUGCCUGCUAGUUCAAAACCAAGAACAGAGCAAACCAAAACUUCAACCAAGUCCAAACCAGAGACUACUCGAGAUAAAUCGCUGCCUGCUAGUUCCAAACGAGAAACAGAGCAAACCAAAGCUCUAAAUAAGUCCAAACCAGAGAUUACCCCACAGAAAUCACUGCCUGCUGGUUCAAAGCCAGAAACAACACAAGCCAAAGCUCAUACGUUUAAACCAGAGUCUACCCCACAGGUACCACUGGCCACAACUGCAAAACCAAUGACAGCGCAAACAAAACUGCCAACCAAGUCCAAAUCAAGUACUGGCCAGACAUCGCUGCUUUCUAGUACAAAGCCAGAAACACAGCAACCGAAAGCUCUGAAUAAGGGCAAACAAGAGACUACCCCACAGAAAUCACUGCCUACUAGUUCAAAGCCAGAAACAAAACAAGCCAAAACUCCUAACAAGUUCAUACCAGAGAUUACCCCACAGAAAUCGCUGCCUGCUAGUUCAAAGCUAGAAACAAAACUGGCCAAAGCUUCUAACAAGUCUAAACCAGAGGCUACCCCACAGAAAUCACUGCCUACUAGUUCAAAGCCAGAAACAGAGCAAGCCAAAGCUCCAACUAAAUCACAAUCAGAGAGUACCUCACAGACAUCACAGACGGCUAGUUCAAAACCACAAACAGAACAACCCCAAGCUCCAACAAAGUCAAAAUCAGACAGUACAAGACAGGCAUCGCUGUCUUCUACUACAAAGCCAGACGUAAAACCUCUCAAAGCUCGGAAUAAGUCCAAACCAGAGAGUACGAAACGUUCUUCACUACCAAACCACUCCAGUUCAAAACCAGAAACCAGUCAACACAAAGCUCCUGUCAAGUCAAAAUCAGAAAGUACCCCACAGCCACCACAGCCUGCUACUUCAAAACUGGGAACAAAGCAAGCCAAUGAACCAACCAAGUCCAAAUCUGAAAGUACAUCACAGAACUAUGAAUUAAUUCAAUGCGUGCCGCCGUCUCGAACCAUGUGGUCCGGAGCUUCCCAGGUGCCCCACGAGCGCAGACGGAAGGACCAGUGGCAUGACCCCCCGGGAGACGAUCGCAGCUACAUGAGACCGACUUCCCAGCACUCCUUCGACGAUGAAGACUUCACCGGGAAUUCUGGAAAUUUCUUGCCCGAGCCAGCACUCCCCGAUCGCGGGCAGGGAUUCAGGAGAGGCGGCCGCGGCGGAGGAGCAUCGGGGAAACGGCGUGGGAGGUGGCAGCGAGGAGCGUCGAAAGGUGACCGAGGCGGCGCGUGGGGCGGCAGCAACCAGCCGCUGCAGCCGGCCUGGCAGCAGAACCAGAGUUGUCGUGAGGCAAACUUUAACGAUGAAGGUGACGUGUGGAAUGCGCUCCGGGCCGCGAACAAUGGCGCGUCGAAUCUCGGUGAUCGGCCGUGCAACGACGAACGACGUCGGCAACCCUGGCAGAAUCGUCGAGGCACGCAGGGCUAUAACCGCGGCGGCGACGGUCGAUGGAGCGAUCAGGGGGCGUGCGAGAACAUCAGGAACAAUCUGCUGGGCAUGGUGGGAGAUGUCUGUCAGGACGAAUGGCGGCAACACUUGUGGCAAAACUCCGCCGCAAUGAAUUCGUUGAACCGAGGCAACUGGAUGGGCGAACGGACGUGGGACGCUUCCCAAGGAAACACCGUAGACCUCGGAUUGAACAAGCGGGAACUUUUGUGGGAGACCGUGCGAGAGGGCGCGGCGGCAUGUAGCCGCGGCGACGGACGUCCGGCAUGGCAAUGCGGCGGCGGCGCGUCGAAUGCUCGGCGUAGUCGUCACGACGAUUUCCAUCACCGACCGCAACACGUACCCACGGACGUCUCGCCACUUAAGGGAGGAGGUAGAAGCGGAGGAGGAGGCAGAGGCAGAGGCGGAGCCAAAGGCGGAGCCAAAGGCGGACGGGGAUGCGACUACAGCGGCGGAGACAAGCAGCUGCCGUCGCUGCUGGAUGGACUCUGGAUGUGGGUUAACGCAGGGGACAAGGCCGUCGCAGUGAAGUCCAGCGACCCCGGCACGACCUUGACCCGGGGGAGAGGUCGGCACGUGCGCAGCCGCAGCAGGUCCGUAAGAAGGGCGACGAGUGCGGGCAGGGAGCACCGCGGAAAGUCGAUGGAAGCGGCGGAGUCGGUUGCCGGGCAAUGUACGUCGGCUGAGAGAGAACGGGGAAGGCGGUCGCCGUCUCUUGAUGAGAGGAAGUCUGGUAGUCUCUUUCACGACAGUGUGGACAGGCAGAGGGAGAAAGUGGAUGUAGAGAGCAAGAGAGAACGGGGAAAGCGGCCACGGUCUCUUGAUGAGAGGGUGUCAAGCGGUCUUUCUCACGACAGUAGGGACAGGCAGAGAGAGAAGGUGGAGGCUGAGAGUGCAACGAAAUCGGAGAAUGCCCCACAGAUAAUGCGAUCUCACUGUUCAAAGCCCGAAACUGUAAAUACGAGGAUACACACGAAGUGUGCAGCAGAUGAAACCCCACAACCAUCACUACCUGUAGGUUCAAAGUCAGAAACAAAGCAGCAUGAGGCUCCGACUCAAUCUACCUCAGCGUGUAUUCCAAAAACUUUACUGCCAGCAAGUUCCAAGCCGGAAACCAAGCAAUCUGAGUCGUCAACUAGACGUGAACCAGUCAAUGCUCCACAGACCUCACUGCCUACUUGUUCAGAGGCAAAAACACGACAAGCCAAGGCCCCAGUUAAGUCUACAUCAGUCAGUAGCCAACAGGUAUCACUGCCUGCUAGGUCAGAACCAGCAACAAACCAACCCAAAGCUCAAGCCAAGUCUAAAUCAGAGACUACCACACAGAUAUCACAGCCUGCUACUUCAAAACCAAAAACAGUGCAAGCCAAAGCUCAAACCAAGUCUAAAUCAGAGAGUACCUCACAGAUAUCACUGCCUUCUAGUACAAAGCCAGAAGCAAAACAACCCAAAGCUCCAAAUAAGUCUAAACCAGAGACUACCCCACAAAUAUCACUGCCUGCUAGUUCAAAGCCAGAAACAGAGCAUGCCAAAGCUUCAACUAAGUCCAAACCAGACACUACCCUACAAAAAUCACUGCCUGCUAGUUCAAAGCCAGAAACAGAGCAUGCCAAAGCUUCAACUAAGUCCAAACCAGACACUACCCUACAAAAAUCACUGCCUGCUAGUUCAAAGCCAGAAACAGAGCAUGCCAAAGCUUCAACUAAGUCCAAACCAGACACUACCCUACAAAAAUCACUGCCUGCUAGUUCAAAGCCAGAAACAGAGCAUGCCAAAGCUUCAACUAAGUCCAAACCAGACACUACCCUACAAAAAUCACUGCCUGCUAGUUCAAAGUACCACUGGCCACAACUGCAGAAAGCGCAAUUGACAGGCGCAACACACAACUCCAAACCUAAGUCCAAAUCAAGUAACUCGGGCGCGCAGACAUUCGCCUGGCGUGCUCUAGUACAACAGCCAGAACACAGCACACUCUUCGAAAGCUUCUGA